ACAGCUGGAUUCCUCUUUCUCGCACGUGUCAUCCCGACAAACCCUAAUCUCUCUCUUUCCCCCUUCACCAGUCACCUCCACCCUCCACCCUCCACCUCCUCCUCUCACCCCUCCUAUUGGUCACCGCCCACCACAUCAUCACCCUCUCUCUCUCUCUCUCUGUUUUCGUUUUUAAGACAACCCAAUUCUUGUAACUCACUGAAAAGACAAUUGAGACAUUGAAACAGAGAUUAGAAGGGGAUUGCUGAGUUCUAUUCGCAUGUCUCUCUCUGGACAUUCGACUUGCAUAUUCUUGGGCCUUUGUUGUUCAUCACCUUCAAUUCUCAGCCGUUGAUCUUUUAGAUAAAAGGGAAAGUAUCUAGAACAAAAAUAAGUGAUCUUUCUUCUUUCCUUGGCUAGCUGGUAUUUAUAAAGUAUCCCACUUGGACUUCCACCUCACUCUUUCUUCCACGCCUUCAAAACCAGGUAUCUACAGCAGUACGCAGUUAGCCAAUUGUAAGUGUUGAAUCCAGUGACACUUACUGAGUUGAUUGAAUGGGGACAGGGGAAGAAAGCACACCUGCUAAGCCUUCCAAAUCAGCACCAUCAACUCAGGAAAUACCCACAACACCCUCAUAUCCUGAUUGGUCAAAUUCUAUGCAGGCUUAUUAUGGUGCUGGAGCUACUCCCCCUCCUUUUUUUGCAUCAACAGUUCCAUCUCCAACUCCCCACCCAUAUAUCUGGGGAAGCCAGCAUCCUCUAAUUCCACCCUAUGGCACCCCAGUUCCAUACCCAGCUUUAUAUCCUGCUGGGGGAGUAUAUGCCCAUCCUAACAUGACCACGACACCAAAUUCAGCACAAACAAAUACAGAGUUGGAAGGAAAGGCUGCUGAUGGAAAGGAUCGGUCUUCAGCCAAAAAAUCCAAGGGAACUUCAGCAGGCAAGGCAGGAGAGAGUGUAAAGGCAACAUCAGGUUCUGGAAAUGAUGGUGCCUCUCAGAGUGCUGAAAGUGGCAGUGAUGGCUCGUCAGAUGCAAGUGAUGAGAACCAACAGGAAGCUGCUGCAAAUAAGAAGGGGAGUUUCGAUCAGAUGCUUGCAGAUGCCAAUGCACAAAAUAACACUGCAGGGGCAUCAGUGCCAGGGAAACCCGUUGUGUCUAUGCCUGCAACUAAUCUAAAUAUUGGAAUGGACUUAUGGAAUGCGUCGGCUGCUGCUGCUCCCGGAGCUCCAAAAAUGAGAGCCAAUGCAUCUGGUGCCUCAUCGGCAAUAGUUCCUGCAAUAAUGCCAGAACAAUGGAUUCAAGAUGAGCGUGAACUGAAAAGACAGAAGAGGAAGCAAUCUAACAGGGAGUCUGCCAGAAGAUCAAGAUUGCGGAAGCAGGCGGAGUGUGAAGAGCUACAAGCCAGGGUAGAGAAUUUGACCAAUGACAAUCGCAAUCUUAGAGAUGAACUGCAGAGAAUAUCUGAGGAAUGCGAGAAACUUAAAUCAGAAAAUGAUUCUAUUAAGGAAGAAUUGACAAGGUUAUAUGGACCAGAUGCAGUAGCUAACCUCGAACAAAGCAACCACUCUUCGGUUGUUCAGUCUCGUGGCGACGAAGGAAACAGUUAGUAGUGCAGACACAUGAGAAACGAGGAAGGAUAUUUAUUGACUCUUAAUUAGAUUAUGACCUUAAAACUGAGCUUAGAGUAUUGGUUUUCCUUACUGACUAUAUCAUUAACCCUUGAAUAGUUUAUAAUUUACAUGUCACCUCAAUUAGCCUAAUGUGUAUUGUUGUAUUAUUUGAUGAAUUUGGCUGGUGGAUAAAGAAGGAAUAGAGUUUUGUUUCUUGAUUAA